AUAUUCGCGUCUUUUGUCGAAGAAUAGGCGCCAAAGUGUUGCAAUUUGUUGAAACAAUUCGAAUUUAAUUGUACUUGGAAUGGAAGGUAAAGUAACUGUUAGCCGGCAAGAGCCGGUACUUCAUAUGGAUACGAAUGCUCGUCGAAAUUUCAUUAAAUUUCAUGCCAAAUUGGGAGAGAAACCCUCGACCACUGUGCGUUUUUUUGACCAAACCGAUUGUUACACUGUUCAUGGCAGCGAUGAUACGGAACUGGUGGCCAAGAUUGUAUAUAAGUCCACAGCCUACGUACAUCCUUUGAUGCCCGAUGAUAAAAAGGAAGGCCUACAAUUCGUGGCCAUGUCCAAGGGGAACUUUGAAUUGGCUGUGCGUGAGCUGCUAUUGGUUAGGAAUCUUCGUGUUGAGGUCUAUGUAAAGCGCACAGAGUGGCAAUUGGAGUAUAGAGGAUCGCCUGGUAAUCUGCUACAAUUCGAGGAUAUUUUGUUUGCCAAUAAGGAAGUUUUGGUGGGCAAUAGCAUCAUCUCGCUGCAGGUCAAAUUGGUGGCGGGACAACAACGUCGCGUUGGUGUGGCUGCUGUGGAGCAAAAUGAUUGCCUUUUUCAGUUAUUAGAAUUCCUGGAUGAUGAUUUCUUUACGGAACUCGAAGCCACCAUUGUACUAUUGGGGCCCAAAGAAUGUCUAUUGCCCCAACUAGAGGGGGAAUAUGCCUCAGUGAAGACUGUGCUAGAGCGUAAUGGAGUGAUGGUCACAGUGCCGAAGAAGAGUAGCAAUGAUGAUCUGCUGCAGGAUCUAAAUCGCUUGUUAAGAUUUGCAAAGGGCCAGCAAGAAGAGGCCAAUGGACUUAAAGAAUUGCAAAUGGUGCUGGCAGCCGAGGCACUACGAGUGGCAAUCAAGUAUUUGGAUUUGGUCAAUGAUGCCGGCAAUUUGGGUCACUAUGAGCUAAAACAAUUGGAUCUGAAACGCUUUGUCCACUUGGAUUCAGCUGCUGUGGCUGCCCUAAAUAUUAUGCCCAAACCGGGCACUCAUCCAUCACAACCCUCAUAUCGUUGGCAGAGUAUUCUGGGCGUUCUUGAUCACUGUCGGACUCCGCAGGGACAUCGUUUGAUGGCUCAGUGGGUGAAGCAACCUUUAAGAAGCCUUAGCUUGCUUAAUGAUCGUCAUAACAUAGUCCAAUGUCUGUUGGAAUCUCCGGAUACUUUGGAUUUGCUUAGUUUGGAUUAUCUGAAAAGGAUUCCCGACAUACUUAUGCUCACCAAGAAGUUAAUGCGUCGCAAGGCCACACUGCAGGAUCUAUUUCGAAUUUACCAGGUUAUCUUGCGUACGCCCAAAAUACUCAAAGCUCUGUUGGAACUGGAACACGCUACUGUACAGAGUGUGUUAUGUGAUCCGUUUAAAUCGUUCCUUGAAGAUCUAACUGGUUUAAAACAAAUGGUUGAACAAGUUGUCGACUUCGAAGGCAUUGAAAGAAGUGAAUAUCUGGUCAAAGCUUCGUUCGAUAGUCGCCUAAUGGAACUCCAAGAAACCAUGUCCGAAUUGUAUUCCAAAAUGGAACGUCUUCAGAGCAAAUGCAAUGAAGAAUUGGAUUUGGAUGGCAAACAGCAAGCUAAACUAGAGAAUGUGGCCAAAUUGGGUUAUCAUUUUCGCAUUACCCUAAAGGAUGAUUCCAUAUUGAGGAAAAAUAAAAACUAUCGCAUUGUUGAUGUCAUCAAGGGUGGCGUACGUUUCACAUCCGACAAGUUGGAAAGUUAUGCAGAAGAAUUCGCCAGCUGUCGCACUCGUUAUGAAGAGCAACAGCAAUCGAUUGUGGAGGAGAUUAUACAAGUGGCUGUCGGCUAUGCCGCCCCAUUGACCUCUCUGAACAAUGAAUUGGCCCAAUUGGAUUGUUUGGUAAGCUUUGCUGCAGCAGCUCGAAGUGCUCCUACACCCUAUAUACGUCCGCAAAUGUUGGAGGAGGGUUCGGGUCGUUUGGUUUUGGAAGAUGUUCGUCAUCCUUGCCUGGAAUUGCAAGAACACGUUAGUUUCAUAGCCAAUAGCGUGGAUUUUGAAAAGGAUGUCUGUAACAUGUUCAUCAUAACUGGUCCAAAUAUGGGUGGCAAAAGUACAUAUAUUCGCUCUGUGGGCACAGCUGUCUUAAUGGCUCAUGUGGGCGCUUUUGUGCCCUGUUCAAAGGCCAUCAUUAGCAUGGUUGACUCUAUACUUGGACGCGUGGGAGCCAGUGAUAAUAUUAUCAAAGGUUUAAGUACCUUUAUGGUGGAAAUGAUCGAAACUUCGGGCAUUAUUAGGACCGCCACGGACAAAUCUCUUGUUAUUAUUGAUGAACUGGGACGAGGUACUUCCACUUAUGAGGGCUGCGGCAUUGCUUGGUCAAUAGCCGAACACUUGGCUAAGGAAACCAAAUGUUUUACUCUCUUUGCCACACAUUUCCAUGAGAUAACCAAAUUGGCUGAUAAUCUGUCCACUGUGAAAAAUUGUCACAUGGCUGCUGUGGCAGAUACUACAAAUUUUACGCUCCUCUAUCAGGUGAAACCUGGAUGCAUGGAGAAAUCAUUUGGUAUUCAAGUGGCACGUCUUGCCAACUUUCCCGAGCAUGUUGUACAAAACGCUCAAGAAGUUUACCAUGAAUUCGAGGAUGAGCAUGCCGAGAAACAGACCAAAGCAGACAAGGAACUGCUGGAUAAAAUCCAAGAGGCUAUUGAACAAUUGUCAACCGCCGGAAAUAAUACAGAGAUUAAUGAAGAGGAUCUAACACAGUUGGUUACCCAGUUUGCCCACGAUAUUAAGCAGUUGGAUAGUGAUUACUUUAAGUCAGUUGUGGCCACUGCCAGUGAUGGUUAAUUAAGUGAAAGCAUUUCCAAUUAACUUUAAUUUUACAUUAAAAAUAAGCUAAAAGAUCGAGUUUAUGAAGAUUUUUAAUCUGUUAAUUUUAAAAAAAUUCAACUUUUUUUUUUUUAUUGAUUUAAAGUUAAAUCUUCAAAUGUGCAGCGCAUGAGAAAAAUGUUUUGAUGAUUCUUUACCGUAAAACACACAAGCUGUAAAAAUUUUGAAAAUUCUGUAUUCUAAAUUAACAAAAUUAUAUACAUAAGAUGGAUUAUUUUGUUUAGUUAUUUUGGCAUGAUGUUUAAAAAUCGAUCCUCUAUAUCUCAUCCGAGUGAUCCGUCCAUAUGUCAAACAAUUUUUAUUUUUUUUUUUUUAUUGAAUUAUUUGAAGUACUUAAAUGAUUGUAAACUUGCGACAUUCUGGUUACCCCACAAAAUACAUCACAGUAUUGGUUCAGAAAUAACCAUUUUUAGUUUUCGAAUUAAGCAUUGUAAUGUAUAAAUAAUAUUCCGAUGUGUGGAUAAUUUAAAAAUUUUAUAAAAAAAGGCAACACACUGAAAAAUGUUCCUGAAAUUAAUUAAAAAUUGAAGUCCUUUACGCACAAAAUUGUUAAACA